AUGGCUUCGAGUCUGACCAAGAAUGCAUCCGCCAAGUCCAAGUCAUUCUCUACUCGUACUCCUGCAUCCAUACUCCGAGAACUACACGAUUCCUCCGAAGGAUUCGGAUUCUAUGCCGCUUCACCGAGACUGAUUCGGCAUGUUGAAUAUUUCAUAGGAGGACAGGAUGGCAACAUUCUCGUCGCCAAGGGAGGACCCCAAGCUAAAGAAUUCAUCAUUCGUGGUGUAUUCGAGAUCAGUCGCAAUGACUUCAAUUUCACCCCGGAUGCCAAUUUCAAUCCAUCAAACGUCUUUCAUGGUCGCUUUUCAGACGUAAAAUUGAGCUGUCGGCUUACUGCUGGUCGUAACGACAUGUUCCGAUUCUCUUCAGAAGACUUCCCGGAUGUCCUUGACAAUAUUGCUCACUUUGAGGGAUUAAUUCCAAGGGAGAGGGAUUACGAGAAGCUCAGCGCUGUUCAUGUCUCACUCGGUCAAAGAUCAAUCAGACUGAUACAUGGUCUAUUUGAGUUGAAUAUCACAUAUCAGGCCAAGAAUCAGGAUAAAUAUGAUACUGCCAGUGACGAAGAUGACGACUGCUCAACCAACAGCUUAAGCUCAGACUUCGACAUUGCCACUUGGCCAGUGGCUGACCGAUGCAAAGGACAUUUGCAAGACCUCAGAUCUACCCACAAUGUUUGCCCCCUACCAGCAUACGACACGGAUCAUAGCCUCAUCCCACCACUUGAAUACGAGUCAAAACUUAAGGGCGCACUUGUUGAAGUGCACAUGGCGUUUUUUCAUCAUCGAGUCAAGAAUGCAAAACGUGAUGUUUUCAAUGCUAUUUUACGACAACUCACCGUCCUGUCUCCACCUGCAGCCAUGCCAAUCAAUCCCUUCAAGCGCCACCGUCUCAACACUGGUCCUCUCAAUGCACGAAAUAAGAAAGCAAAAUAA